AUGGAAUUAGGCCGCAUUCUGGACUCUCAAAAGGCGGUUGCUGUGCAGCGAGAAGAGAGUCGCGAAAGGGUGUUCGCGGCGCCCAUAGCGGACUGUAGUGGUGACUACAUUCUGCCUGUGCCGCUCACCCCGCUGCAGAAGGAGCUGCUUGACACGGUCAUUUCUGCACAUUAUUCGGAGCUAUUGGGGUUUCUGGACUCAGAUAAUAGAACACACAAGUACGGUAAGGACCUUGUGAAGAUGCUCUGCGAGAUUCAGCAAAUCACCACGCACCCAUGGCUGCUACUGGACGAGCACCGGCCCUCGAACUUGUUUACCAGGGAUAUGCCAUACCGAAUCGGCGAAAUCUCCGGCAAGUUCGAGGUGUUGGCGAAAAUUGUGCGCACCACGAAUGACCUGGGGCUUCACGUUGCCAUUCUGGUGGGCGACUCAUAUCUUAGCGACUUGGUCGAAGCAUUUCUGGCCGAUAAGACUGCAAAUCUGUUCCGCUAUACCAAUGGCAAGCCGCUCAAUCACCCUCCCCCAGACGCGCAAUUUGUUGCCAAAGGAAGCUGCUAUCAUAUAGUUCCGUCCCGGUUGGAGGAUCUCAUUGCUUCCGUGAACUUCGCCUUUGACUUUAUGAUUGUAAUGGACGAUACAUUCGAGCUGGGCUCUGCCUACGCCCAGGGAAUCCGUGCGCAGCUGCGAGAUCCCUCGAAACGUGUACCUUUAGCUCCAUUGGUUCGCCUGAUACCGCUGGGUAGUGUGAACCAUGUCAUGCCUUACACCGAUGUCGCAAACCUCCAACGCGAACAGUUGACCCUCGUUUUGGGCUCAACCGUGGUUUUGGGCGAGACUGCAGGAGAGAUUCCUCCGGAAAUGAAGUAUUUAUAUGACAAUGAUCUACGGGAUAUGGUUCCGUGGUUCCAAAAUGCUGACCGGCCAUGGCCGUUGGCGCGCCCCUCGCCGCCCGCUCAAUUCAAGGCCACUGAUGUCGAACAGAAGAUACUGGCCCAUGAAAAAAAUGCUGGUCCGGAGCCAAAACGUAUCAAGUUAGAGGAUCCAGUAAAGACUGAUGGUCUGUCGGGACAAGGGGAUCCUUCCACGCUAAGCUCCUCGCUUCUUCGCCGCGUUCAAUUGCUCGUAGACCAGAACGAGAGGCUCAAAGCCGAGUCUGAGAACCUACGCAAAACCGCAUCUCAUCGCCAGGAGGUUUUAGAGACUGUCCAGAAUGAAAUGGUGGAGCUGAUUGAAGAAAACACUCUUCUCAAGCGAACGCGGGAACGGGAUGAGAAGAAGCUUGCAAAGAACCGUGCUGAUAUAGAAGGUUUGAGAACCCAACUCGAGACUCAGCACAGCGAGCUCGAGGCGGCAAAGAACUCGACAGAAGAAGGGCCCGAGUCUCGACUGGCUGCUAAAACAGCCGAGGCUAUCGAACUUCGCGAAGAGGUACAGCGCUUGCGCGAUAAAGCAGAAAUCCACUCCAGAGAUCUGGAGUAUAUGCGUCUCCAAUUCCAGAACGCCUCCUCAGCCGCUGCCGAUGCCGAAAUCGAAAGAAAGAAGCUGUCGGACGAGAUUGUGGAGAUGAAAGAGCUCAUGUCGGAAAAUGCUUUGCGCAUGCGUGAGAUCACUGUCGAAGCCGAGAAGGUCGAACUACAAAACAAGCUUGCAAUCACACAGACCGAGCUGGACAAUGUCAAGGAAAUGAACAGGAUUCUCUCCGAGUCCCAAACUAAUGUCACUGGCCGUGACCGCAACCGGAUGAAUCGCUCUACGGUGGCCGCUGUUGCCGCUACUCCACGGAGUCGCUCCGGUACUCCGCUGACCUGA